AUGAGUCGCAGAACAAGCUUGCCCUCGUCGCAAUGGAAUGCAGAUUACAUCAAGCAGGGGAACAAGUUCUGCCCCGUGCCUGAGUGGCAGGUCGUGGAGAGUUUGAUGAAGAUGCUUGAGGCUCCGGUUGCUCGCAAUCGCAAGGACGUGCAGGAUGGUCUGAUGACGGAGAGGGACGCUGAGAGCGCCAAGGAGCUCGCCAAGGUGACUUCCAAGAUCGGAAUCCUCUCCAUGCUCCCCCUCUACUCCCGCGUGCAGCUCUGCAAGACCAUGAACUUGUCCAAGUACCGGAGUGACGCCAGCCCUCUCUUCACGCAGCACGAGUACAGCUCGCUCUACUUCAUCUGCCUCGUCGGCUCCAUCGAAUGUACCUCAGCUGUUCUCGCCAUGUCUGCCGCCGGCCUCACGCUCCUGGCAGGCGUUGGACUCAUCCAUCAGGGCACCGAGCAUGAGACGCGCUGGAGCAGGAGGGUGGCGGCUGGCAAAGAUCUCUGGGCAGAGCUUGGGCUGGGAGGAGAUCAUGGCUGCGUCUGCUCGGGCUAUCCUCAGCCCAUACGCACAGGCUCGGUCCCCGCGACCACUGAGAUCGCCAAGAGGAUGAUGAAGCGCGUGUCCGGGUUCUGCUUCGUCCUCUCCAUCUCCAUGUCAGAGCUUCUUCGACAAAUCAACGUCGACCCCUUCUACCUCAAGGCGAUCCAGCUGGGCCUGCAGGAGAUGGACGUGUUUGCUCACUGGGAUGAACGAGACCUCCAGACGCUCUCCUUUCAGUUCCGUCGGCAGAAAUUUCAGAGGGAGGAGGUGAUAGUCUGCCGAGGCUCCAAGUCUCGCAGGUUCUACGUGGUCAUCCGGGGCAAGGUGGAGCUCUCCUGGCCGCGAGCUGAGGCCCUCACGUACGGUCGCUUCCACCUGGAGCAGGCGAUCAAGCAGGUCGUGUCUUCGGGGUCGCCUGACUCCUGCUUCGGCGAGGAGUCCAUCUUGUCCGCUGCCUCCUCAGGUUGCGAGUACGACGCUAGGGUGAUCACCAACUACGGAUGCGAGCUGCUGUGGGCGGAGGCGAGUGAAGUGAAGGAGCUGCUUGCGGGGGAGACGCUUCUGAACCUCGCUGUCUUGUACAAGGCUAGGAAAGAGUCGCUCUCCUCGGGCCAGGCCACCGUCAUGGCGGAGAUGACGUGUGCUGCUGCGAGCGAGGAGUCAAAGAGUCCUGUGAGAGGGCGGGAGAAGAAGGGCUACUUCCUAAAGUUCGACCCCAAACCAGUGGACCCGGAGACCCCUGAACGAGGGCUGAGCCGAUCCCUCGCUGACUUCUCCUCCCCCUCUGAUACAGUGAGAGACCUCAAGCCACGCAGCCACGGGCUCUCUCUGACGCAGCGACAGUCAGGUGCCAAGUCGACAGGAGAAGAGAUGCUGAGAUCGAGCACCAAGCGGAUACUCUUCACGAGUUUUGCGAGUGAGGAAGGGGAGGACGAGAGUGCUGGAAGGGGCGAAGGCGGAGACUCACUUCCAGCUCUCAUCGACCUGGACCGGAUCUACCGCAACAGAGAAACAAACAUGCACAUGCCCAUCGAAGUCAAGGAGUCGAGGCUGACGCUCUACUACGCGUUGAACAAGAAGUUUGUCAGUCAGAUGCUGCGAACUCUAGAGAAGAAGCGGAACAUCGAGCGAGACUACAACCGCAAGGUCCUUGCACCCUCCGCUCCCAGGUGA